GAGACUACGGCGCUACGGUUCCGGGUAGCAAGCCGUAGUAGGGGCAGCGGGGCUCGUGCGGGCGGAAGAGGCUGCGCGGCGGCGGCGGCGCGCGGAGAAGGGCGGUUGGUUGAGUGCUGAGGGCAAGGCGAGCGGACGCAGCGCGUGCCCUCCGUCACCCCCCCCGCCCACCGUCGUCUGUCUCGGCGGUUGGAACUGCUUACGGGUCGUUUCGUCAGGCGGGCGGAGCUCUCGGGGAGGCCGGAGGGGGGCGGAGGCAUCCCGCUCUCCCUCAGCCGUUGCUUGGGGGCGGCGCCCGGGUCUUCUUUUUUUUCUUCCCCUUCCCCUCCUCCUCCUCCGGUGGGAAACUCCCCCGGCUCGCCGCGACGUGUGAUUGGGUGGAAGAUGGCGCUGCGCGGAUGGAAAUCCUAAUGACAGUCUCCAAAUUCGCCUCCAUCUGUACCAUGGUGAGGAGCGGGCGGAGGGGUGGGCGCUGCUAUCUCCCCUUCCGCCCAGGUUCGGCUGCCCUGUGUGGUGAUGGCGGCGGCGGUAGCGGUGUGAGGAGUUCCCCAGGGGAGAGGGAGCGCCUCGAGCUGGGCUCCGAGGGGCCUGAGGGCGUGUGCCGAGAGGGGACGGGAGGCCACCGGGUGCACCUCCCUGCCUGGAGGGGGGGCGGCGGCGGGAGGGUAUUUCCGCUCGAGUACACGUUUUCUGCCGGGGGUGAGGCCCACCCUGGAUUGGGAACCUGGAUUAGGGUGGCUGCCGCUUUGGGGCAAACCUUAAAUCAGAAGCGUGCGGGGGGUUGGGCUGCUGGAUCAUGACCUAGAGGCGGUGACAGGAACGAUGAGUGAGCUGGACGAGUGAGCCCCUUAAAACGAAAAAGGUGUGGAAAUGGGUGGGCGGGCAAAGAUUUUGGAGGUGGGCCUCAAGGUAGGACUGUAUAGAGAGGAGUGUUGGCACAGCAGGAUAUGAGUAGCUCCUAUGAAGGCAGUAAAUAAUAAUAAUAAUAAUAAUUUUUAUUUAUACCCCGCCCUCCCCAGCCAAGGCCGGGCUCAGGGCAGCUAACAAGCAAUAAUAAAAACAAGUUCAAUGAAUACAACUUAAAAAACAUAGAGCUUCAAGCGAGGAGGGAGCUUUUCCUCAUGCAAAUUAAAGCACUCUGGUGUGGUAACUGGCGUGUUGCACCAAAAGCGAGGUACCCUGUGUUUUUAAAAGGCUAACACAUUGUGGCAUAAGCGCUUGUGGGCUAAGAGCUUGCUUCAUCCGGCAGGUUGAGUGUCCUGCCUCUCACCAUUUGAAUAUUCAGCUUCCUCUUCCUAGGCUUGCUUUCCACAUAGGUUUCAUUUCCUUAUGCUUUAAUUACUUGGGAAAGCAGGAGAGGAUCAAAACCGCUGUUAAUCAGCUUUAGAGGGCACAACAUUGAUGUCAACACUGGCAUACUUUGACGUGUAGCUCAUUUAAGUAGCUAUGAAAGAGAGUAGCAAAUGAGGCUUUCAAAUACAGAUGGCCGCUUGAGUAAAUUAAAAAGCCCCCUCAAGGAGGACAUUCUUCUUGGCACAUGUGGAUUUUUAUUCAUAAUCUGUUAAGUGUGCUGACUGGACUUUUCUCACCUUAAAAUCCUUAACUGUUUACUUUAAGAGUGGGGAAACUUGAUACUAUUUCACUUUUGACAUAGAAGCCUUUUAGAAGGUAGGAGCAAAGCAAAUAGGAAAUCUCUUGCCAAAAGAUAUGUCACCAUUCUGCAGAAGACUGCAAAUGUUGCCUUAUCUGGGCCCAGUUGGUUUGUAGCAGUUAUCAGCCUCAGCCCCACAGGUCUGUGAAAAUCAUAGUAUUGGAGUUUGCAUUGAAGUGGCUAGUGACAUCUUUCUUUCUUUCUUUCUUUCUUUCUUUCUUUCUUUCUUUCUUUUGAACAGGCUGGCCCCUGUCCUCCCAAGGGUUUUGUUGUGGCUCCCCUGGACCUGAGUAAUUUGGAACUAAUUUUUUUAAAAAACAACUCUGCUAAAGUGCUGUAAUGUUCCCACUAUAUUGCUUUGGGAUGUCCCCCAAAGUGGACAUUUCUGCCUGAACUUAAAUGCACAUCUCCUUCUUAUAGUGAGGUGUUUAUGGCAAGAAAGCCUCAGAGUUUUGGAAACAAGAAAGUUAACUUCGUCCUGUUUCCUGAGCCCUAAGACUUUCUUGCAAUGGGGAGGAGAAUAGGCACAUUUACAAAGUAAGAAGACUUCUGAAUCAAUUUUUGCUCCUCAGCACAGUGAUGGAAUAGAAGCAGAAAUACUGUGACCCCCCCCACACACUUGUCUGCCUGCCUGUCUGAAUGUGUGUAUGUCUGGCUGUAUGUGUGGGCAUCUGUUGUAUAUAUGGUAAGUGUUUGUGUGUGUGCAUGCUCAUGCAUUUAUUGACCAUGCCACUCUGACCACUUCCAUUCUUGGUAUGUAGAUCUCAGAUGGGUGGCCAGCCCUCAACGCAGCCCUCCUGCUGAAAAAAGUAGCCUGUAGGAUGUAGUCUCUGCUUUAAAGACUACAGUACAUCCUUCCUUUCCCCCAGUCUCAAAUUACUUCCUUCUCCCCUUUAUCUAAGUUUUCAUAUUUUGUGGUGUUUUCCACAAAGCCCUUGUUCUUUCUCUUACUGUGCAUACUUAUCUCUCUCCUUUUCUUUUUUUGUCUUUAGCCAUCACCUCUUCCUGUAGUUUACAUGCCUACAUAUUAGCAGGGGGAUCUUUUUAAUCUCCUGUGUUGUUAUUCCUCAGUAGAUGCCCAUGUGCCUUAGCAAGAUGGGCUCUACAAGAAUACAUUAGGCAUAGAUGCCUUUUGACUGUUUUAUUCAGCCCCACCCCCAUACAUACAAUGUGAUGCCAUUAUAGUAUGCUCAGUCUUUACUGGAAAAGAAGAAACGUGAGACAAAUGAUAUGUGCAUUUGCUGCUUUUUUCUCAUGGAAGUUGAGUAUCUAGUGAUUGUGGGUCAGGGGAUACAAGCAUAUAUCCUUACAAGACAAAAAAAAAAUGCUCAAAAGACAUUGGAAUGAGAAUUUGUGAGAUUCUUUCAUAACAUAAGGCUAAUAAUAUUUUGAAAGUAAAGGAAGAGGGACAGCGAAAACAUGUAUACUUACCAGUGGGUGGUGAACUGAUGAAAGGCUCGUAAUGGGAGAAACAGUUAAACUUGCAGUAAAAUAUUUAUGGACUAAGCAGAGCUGUAAACCUAAUAAAAUGGAAUUUUGAACCACUCUGAUGUAUCACCACAAUACAUUUAUAGUUCUUUUCCAUCUCUUAUCUUUUGUCACAGUAUCUGUUCAGAGUUCCAAUGUGCAAGUUAGUGCUAGGCACUAGUUGCACAUUUAUUUAUUUAAACUUAUAGCCUGCCCUUCAGCAUAUAGUCUUUGGGUGGCUUACAAAAAUUUCACAGUUAAAAACAAAACACACAGUCAUUAAAAUCAUAAAACUGCAACCACAAAACCAACCAAUAAUAAAAUUAGUAGAACAGGAGUGUAGAGCAACAGUGUUUUAAUGCUUUAGUAGGAUGAAAUACUGAUUAAGACAUUAUCAAAAUGUCUAAUUAUUUAAUUGCAUUGCCACAAAAUUCAUUGGGAUAGUUCUAAUACAGACACUAUGGGAUGUUAGUAGCAGGUGAGUAAGUUCACUGUUAUCAGUCAAUAUUCUGGCACAAUUAUUUGCUGCCAUCAUAUUUUAUUUUUUUUGUUUGGAACAGCAUCUAUCCUGAAUCUGUCUGUUGACAUUUCUGACAACUGUACAGUGCUGCAGAUUUCCAGACUGAAUGUAGUAUCUUUUUAUAUACUAUUAUAUACUUAUAAUAGGGACGCAGGUGGCGCUGUGAGUUAAACCACAGAGCCUAGGGCUUGCCGAUCAGAAGGUCAGCGGUUCGAAUCCCCGUGACGGGGUGAGCUCCCGUUGCUUGGUCCCUGCUCCUGCCAACCUAGCAGUUCAAAAGCACGUCAAAGUGCAAGUAGAUCAAUAGGUACCGUUCCAGUGGGAAGGUAAACAGUAUUUCUUUGCGCUGCUCUGGUUCACCAGAAGCGGCUUAGUCAUGCUGGCCACAUGACCCAGAAGCUGUACGCCAGCUCCCUCGGCCAAUAAAGCGAGAUGAGCGCCACAACCCCAGAGUCGUCCGUGACUGGACCUAAUGGUCAGGGGUCCCUUUACCUAUAUACUUAUUAAAGCAUUUCAGAGCAACAUUGCAACUUAAGAGAUGAAAUACAGUACUGUGACAAUAAAAAAAAUGGCAGUAUGAAAAAAAAGUGUAAAUAAAGUUUUCAUCUAGCACUAAAAAGAGAAUAAAGAUGGUGCCCACAACCCUCUUUGAGAAGGCAGUUCCACAAAUCAGGUUCUGCCACAAGGGUAUACAAAUACUGGGGGAUAGCAAAAGUGUUUUAAAAAUCUGAUUUUAAAUGUUGCUGGUUUUAGAUAAUGAAUAUUGAAAUGUUUCUAGAUUUCUGGUUUUGUAUGCUGCUGUGAGAACCCUUGGUUGGGCUGAGCAUCAUGAGGUAAAUGCAAUGGAUAGUAGAUUUGCAGUGAAUGCAUUGGACAAUGACAGAUAGCUCUACGCUUUUCUCCUCACUUAAACUUAUACUUGACAUUCUUCUUUUGAAAGCCCAGCUACAUAUUAAGUUAAAUGCAUAGAUUUGCAUAGGUUUUCGUGGUUUGAUUUUUUUUAAAGAGAAGAUCUAGAUCAGGUCUGUGGCAGGGCUGCUUCACUCCUAAAACAACACUGUAGUUUAGCCUUUGCCCUGUGUGCUAAUAAGAGGCAUACUAAGCAAGUAUGUAUGGCUGAUUAAGCAUCCUGGUAGGAGAAGGCGCUGAAUCUGAUUACCCAGACCAGAGGUUAUGCAAGUUUGCUCUCCACUGUGAGAAUAGUUCAAUCUUUGUAUGAGAACAAUAAGGUUCUUUGACUUCUGAGAUUGGUUCGAAACAUGGAACUUUAAAGGUUUUGUAUGUGAUCUGGUAGUGUUCAUAUAUCAUUAAAUAAUGCUGCCAGCUUGUGUUGAAGAAAGCAAUUCAAUCACAUGUAAUAAUAAUAAUAAUAAUAAUAAUAAUAAUAAUAAUAUAUUUAUAUCUCUCUCAUCUGGCUGGGUUUCCCCAGCCACUCUGGGCGGCUUCCAGCAGAAUAUUAAAAUACAAUAGUCUGUUAAACAUUAAAAGCUUCCCUAAACAGGGCUGCCUUCAGAUGUCUUCUAAAAGUCUGGUAGUUGUUUUUCUCUUUGACAUCUGGUGGGAGGGCGUUCCACAGGGUGGGUGCCACUACCAAGAAGGCCCUCUGCCUGGUUCCCUGUAACUUGGCUUCUCGCAGCGAGGGAACCACCAGAAGGCCAUCGGCACUGGACCUCAGUAUCCGGGCAGUACGAUGGGGGUGGAGAUGCUCCUUCAGAUAUACUGGACCGAGGCUGCUUAGGGCUUUAAAGGUCAGCACCAAUACUUUGAAUUGUGCUCGGAAACGUACUGGGAGCCAGUGUAGGGCUUUCAAGACCGGUGUUAUGGUCUCGGCGGCUGCUCCCAGUCACCAGUUUAGCUGCCGCAUUCUGGAUUAGUUGUAGUUUCAGGGUCACCUUCAAAGGUAGCCCCACAUAGAGCGCAUUGCAGUAGUCCAAGCGAGAGAUAACUAGAGCAUGCACCACUCUGGCGAGACAGUCCAAGGGCAGGUAGGGUCUCAGCCUGCGUACCAGAUGGAGCUGAUAAACAGCUGCCCUGGACACAGAAUUGACCUGCGCCUCCAUGGACAUUUGUGAGUCCAGAAUGACUCCCAGGCUGCGCACCUGGUCCUUCAGUGGCACAGUUACCCCAUUCAGGACCAGGGAGUCCUCCACACCUGCCCGCUUCCUGUCCCCCAAAAAGAGUACUUCUGUCUUGUCAGGAUUCAGCCUCAAUCUGUUAGCCACCAUCCAUCCUCCAACCGCCUCCAGACACUCACACAGGACUUUCACCGCCUUCACUGGUUCUGAUUUGAAAGAGAGGUAGAGCUGGGUAUCAAGUGUGAUAUCCAACCUUCCUUUCCAAAAUGAAUAAAUUACAAGUGGAUAAGAAAGCACAACACAGCAGCCAAUAUGUCAAAUAUUGAGAUACAUCAUCAGAGAAAACAAACCCAUCAUAGAGCCAGAAGGAGUGUAAAGGAAAUGAGGCCAAAUGAACAUAACCAUUUCCCCUAUAAAUAUCUCUAAAACCUAGGGAUAGAAUCAAAGGCCUGGUGAAGGGUGACCUAAUCUUAAUAAUCAAGCACAGCCCAUUGCUGCAUGCCAAAGAGAGAGUAUGAAAUGGACUGACCCAGCCAUUAAAAUUGUAAAAACUCAGGAAAAAAGAAUAAUCAUACCCGCCCCCCGGAAACCUUCCUGUCAAAUCUUCCGAUAACAUUAAGUGGGAUAGCAGUAAAGACUAGCACUCAGAUUCUCCUCUGGCUUCAAUGGCUUGAUAUAAUCAUUGAUUGCCAUUAAGUCUGAAGUUGACAAACUAAGCUUAGCACUAAUCAGGAAGUAGGUUUGUAAGCUGGGAAGCUCCCCAUGUGUGCAAGGGAAGUGCAACCUUAAAAGGGGUAUAAUGGUGAACACACUGUUGAAAAACCAAUUAUCUGUACAAACACUAAUAGGUUUUUUAUAUUUUCAAGCUGCUUUGAACCAAAAAUUGGCUCCCAAAGUAGCUUACAGCAGAUAGAAGAUAAUAUGAAGUGUUACUGUGAGAGGGGGUUCUCAGCUGGGUAAUAGAUUUCCAUUUUGUUUUUCUUCUGUCAGUAUCCUAGCAACUCAGACCACCCCAGGGAAACAAACCACCCAAUCAUAUUAAAUUCACCAUCCCUUGACAUCCCUUGCUGAAUGCAACAGGUUUAAACAGUACCAUCAGGCAAGUUGUCACAUUGUAGAUUGAAUAGUUUUAUGUUCACGACAUAAUACAUUUUCUGUUUUACUGAUCUUCUUCUGUAUACUUUGACAUUGUGAUUAUGCACUUAAUUAUGAAGCCCGUCAUGUGCUUUGUUGGAAAAGUAUAUUUCCAUACAUUUUAAAUAGGGCAACUUGUACAAAGUUCAUUCAUCAAUUAGAGUCUCCCUGUAAGUCUCCUCAAAAGACAACCAAUGUCACUUUAGUCAACCAUUGGUAAAGGUUCAAGCAGAAUUGUGAUCUCUGAACUCUUUGUAUUUUUAAACCAGUGACUUCAUAAAAGAUUUCAAUGUGAAAUGUUGGAUCCAUAAUUGCAAAACUGUUUAUCCAUCCUACAGAGGAGCAUUCAUUCAUUUUAAAAAGAAAAUAUUGGCAGUAAGGUCAUCAAUAGGAAUUGAAUCACAUUCUUGUGUUGCUACUUCCUCCAUCAUGACUAUAUUUAAAUAUUUAAGUAAAUUUAAGUAUAUUAAUUCCAGUUAUACAUAAAAAUGGAAGGAGAUUAGUACUGGGAUGUUAUCCUGGUAGUUAAUGUCAGAAAUGAUGGGUGUGCACAUUAAUGCUUAGUCCUUUACCAUAAAAUUUAACCUGGAGUCCUAUACAGAUGUAAGAAAGAGCAACAUUAAACAUACCAGGGCUUCUGAAUAGCCAUGCCUAAGGUUUUUGCUUAUACUUGAGUAUGUUUAACUAAUCCAAGAAGUCCUUGUAAGUGCUGGACUAUAUUCACAAAUUUGUCAAGACAGGCAUAAGUCCCAGGAACGGAUGCAUGUUAUCAAGUCAAUGAGCAAUGUAAAGAUCAGCUAAUUUUUGCAUUCGUAUAACUAACAUGUGCAGGAUCUUUAUUUUUAAACAUCACGAUUCCAAUAAUGUGCUACAACCUUCAAAAAUGAGCAUGGAUGCCUUUAAUUUUCAGCCCUUCUAGUUAAAACUGACUCUAUAACGCUUUAGUGUGGAGUAGAAUUGUGAGGAUUCCCUCCAUACAUUUAGUAAUGUGUCAGGCUUCCGCAGCUAUGAGCUUGGCUUCUUCCCUCCCAUAGUGAUCUCUCAAAACAUAAUGAUCCUUCAGAUGUCCUUAAACACGCUGGACAGCAGCUAGCUUUAGCUAACCAAGAACUAAUAACUUAGAUAAAGAAACAUUAAAGGCAUGCUCCAUUUUUAACCAUUUUAAUUUCAGAGUGUAGUUACUGGUCUGGGUCACUUAAACAAGACUCUGGAGCAGCUGGGGAACUGCUAGCAUGUUACCUGGUAAACUAGUUUGGCUUCUCUGCCUUCCUUCUAUCCUAAUAACAGCAGGCUGCAAUAUUAUAUUAUGUUUUAUGGCUUAAUGAUAAUGUGCCUGCCAUCGCAGGUUUGCAUUUCUAGUAUAAUUUCUGACCUUUAGCUCUCUUUGUGUGAGAGAAAGAGGGGGAGUGAGUACGUUGCCGUAAGUGAAAAAUGACAUGGGAGCUGCUGCUAAAACCAUUGGUGGUUUAAUCUAUUUGAAAGUGUUCUGUGUUUUUUUUAACCCAGGCAUCUGGUUAAAUUGUAAAUUUUAAUUUUUGUCAUUGUAGUCUCACUUGUUUGUCUUAUGGCAGAUUUGUUAAUACAUUGUUUGUCAGACCUGUUUAUAGGAUUUGUAAUUUUGGUAUAUUGUUUUUCUCUGUUUUUAUUACUUUGUUCCCAAUUCUGAGAUUGAAAAUAAUGACGAGCAGGCUAUAAAUACUGUAAACAAAUUAAAAACAACAGCAACUAUGUGUUGUGUGAAGAAGUAACAAAGAGAAGUACUGUUUGUUAGCGUUACAAACUAGUAUAUCAGUUGUCAGCUCAACAUGCACAGGCAUACUGUUGUAUGUACAGAGAAACUUGCAUCGCUGGUUGUAUUCUUGUUUUGGGCAUCCUCCUUUAGUUGUUCUUAAGCAAACUCUUUGCCUAAUUUGCCUACAUGGGUAAACUUUGCCAUAGAACAGGUCAUGGUAAUUACUGGUGUGUUUUUCCCCCUCCCUCUAGGGCGCUAAUGCCUCGGCCUUGGAGAAAGAAAUUGGUCCGGAACAGUUUCCUGUCAAUGAGCAUUAUUUUGGUUUAGUAAAUGUAAGUUGCAGAUAUUACUUGUUUUGAAAGAAAGUGAAUGUAUAUGAAAGAAGUUGCUUGCCUGUGCCUUAGGACUACACAAAUUCUGGGCAUAAAGAAAUUAUAAAAGCUCUCUAGUACUUGAUUAAACGUGUUUUUUAUUUUGAGUGGAAAAAUAUAUUCAAUCUUUAUUCAGACUUAAGUUCAGACUCUAAACUAAGUGCAAGAGCAGUGUUUUAAACUGUUCUGGAGAAUCCUGGGAUUCCUAGGAAGCCUGGUAGGGGUUACGCAAUGAGAAGGUGAGUGAAAGUGAAGAAGAGUCCCUGAAAGACAGCUUGCCCAUCUCUGGUAGUUUUCUUUUUUGCAAUGUACAUACAGCCUCAGGAGAGGUAUAUCCUAGGUCUCUCAUUGUUCAUGAGAGCCAGUUGUGACGCUAGCCAAUGCCUGCCAUAUGUGCCAGCCUGAGUGUCCACUCAGAAUAUGCAGAGAACUAGAUGCAGUGUGCUGGGUGUCCAUGGUGCAUGUUCACGGUACAUUGGAGUUAAAGUUAAGAGGAUUUGCUGAAGCUGGAAACAAUGGCAUUAGGAUAUCUUUAAACUAAAAAUUAAAAGCAGCCAACAAGCAAAACUCCUAUCUUAAUUGAACUGAAACCUUGUAUUCUUAUGUUUGUAGUUGAUGCAUUAGAUCAAAAGGACAAUCAUAUAAUAUUCAUUGCAGUUGUUUAAUUGACUGGGAGUUGGACCUGUUUAAAAGAUGCCUCAAACAGCUGGUAGACUGUAUGGCUUUCAAAACUUAAAAUAGUGAUAUAUGGGUUCUCUGUUCCCCGCCCCAUUAAAAAAAACACAACCCCAUGUUUCUGCGGUGAUCUUGGCGCAUAUAACGCUGCGGGCCCUCACACAUUUCUCUUUUCUCUUUCUAGCAAUAAUUCCCUUAUCUUAGUGACCUUAACAGUGAUUCAUGGUUACUUCUGCACCAACUCUAACCUUGUUUGACCCUAAUAGAACUCCCAGCUAAGCCAAAAUUUGAAGUGAAACAUUGGUGUAGUUGUAAUGAUAGAACCAUAGGUAAGCCUGACAAGGAAGAAGAGGGAACUUGCUCUGAAGAGGGGGAAGAGGAAGUACAUGAGCCUAUGGCUCAUGCUGUCAUGUAACAUUACUAAACAGAGCUAUCAGCCUCUUGACAAGGAACUUGUACUGUGAACUUUAAAUUUUACAGCAUUAACAGUGCAUACAUUUUAUAAAAUGGAGAAUACACACAGAGAGUUAUACCCAAAUGUAACUUCCCGGGAGUGGAACAGUUUCUAUAAGUGGAAUUGGGCUCUCCCUUCCUCUCCACCUCCUGUAGUGUCCCUCAUGACCCUCACGUUUUCUCUGGAAAUUUGGGGGACCCUCCAAAACAGAUCUGAGGCAGAGAAAAGGCAGCCCCAUUGCUCAGUUAGACUAUUAUUUGACAUCAGAUAUUACCCAGAGUUUUUCUGGUGAAUUUUCAAAACAAUAACAUUUACUAAUGCUGCAUAGAUUUCCAUUGUAGAAAGAAAAUUCAUUGGUUGUCAGAUAUUUCAAAAAAUAAAAUGUGUACAACAGAGAAGCCAGAUGGCAGUAAAAGGUGCAUACUUUGCUGACUGUUAAAUAUGCCACUAGUUAAUGGAUAAGUUAUACUUCAGUCUCCAAAAAUCAGUAAGAGACACUUUUGCUAAGAUACACUUUUGUUUCACACCACUCUCUUUGUAAACAGUCUUCCUUUUCAGGGAGAACUAAUAGAUCAUUUCUUUGUGUUCUAGUUUGGAAAUACAUGCUACUGCAAUUCAGUUCUUCAGGCACUUUAUUUUUGUCGUCCAUUUCGGGAGAAAGUCUUGGCAUACAAAAGUCAGCCCAGAAAAAAGGAAAGUCUUCUUACUUGCUUAGCUGAUCUUUUCCACAGCAUAGCCACCCAGAAGAAAAAAGUUGGAGUAAUACCUCCAAAAAAGUUCAUAACAAGACUUCGGAAAGAGAAUGGUAAUGCUUUAUUUUGCUGUUAUGACAUGUUUACCUUUAUCAGUUUUAAUCAGUCAGAAAAAGGGUGUUGUCUCUCUGUUGUUCAUUCUUGUUCUUCUAAUUUGGACUGACACUCAGAAACUGAACUUAUGGUUCCCCACCCCACCCUGGUGAUAGUUAAAGUACUAUAUUAUCCCUAUUAUCCCUAUUAAAUGGGGGCAUAACCCUGUAUUUUGCCACACUUGCAAUAAAUAUUUUAUUUUAAAGGUUUAAAUGUCACCCUGUAUUGAGGUGCUUUACAAUCACAUAAUAUCACUAAGAUGCACAGCAAAAUUCCAGUAAAAUUUAAAAUUUGAUGGCCAUAUCAUUUACACUUACUUUGCCUCUUUUUAUUAGAAUAUGCUGGAACAGCCAUAACAUAUAUCCUAAGUGCAGUAUUGUUUCUUAAACAGUAUUUUUAAACUAUUAAAAUCCUCAAAAUGAUGGCCAGUAUGUGUACUAGUGGAGAGUGGAGUUUGUUUAUUGCAAAACUCUUUUGCAUAAUAUUGGAAGGUGGUCUGUCUAUAGAUAUAACUUACUUGCUUUUUGUUCAACCGUCUUAUAUCCUAGCUAAUUUGUUUUGCAGAGCUUUUUGACAACUAUAUGCAGCAAGAUGCGCAUGAGUUCUUGAACUAUCUGCUAAAUACAGUUGCCGAUAUUUUGCAAGAGGAGAGUAAACAAGAGAAGCAAAACGGUCGUUUACCAAAUGGCAGCAUUGACAGUGAAAAUAACAACAGUCCACCAGACCCAACGUGGGUUCAUGAAAUUUUUCAGGGAACGUUAACAAAUGAAACCAGAUGUCUUACUUGUGAAACGGUAGGUAUUUCCUAUAGAUUACUUUGAUUUCAUUUAUUGUGCAAAUGUGUUUUUUGUAUCCUUGUUUCUAUAUCAAUCAAUCAAUCAAUCAAAUCUUUAUUAUGGUCACAGACCAGCAUAAGUAGGGUGGGGAACAAUCAUUUAAAAUCUGUAAAACGUUUUGGAAAGCUAAAAUUAUUAAAACAGAAGGUAUAUAUAAAAGCCUAUAAGAAUCUAAACGAGGCUAAAAUAAUCUAAAAGAAGGGUUAGGAGCAUUCUCGCUUCUCAGCCUUUUGGCUAAGAUCAAUUGUAGUUGUUUCGGUAGUGUAUCACAACUCUUUUGACUGCAUUUAGAUAAUCAUAUCUCAGCUUAUUAAGCAGUAAUAUGAAUGAGGCUUUUGCCUCCGUUCCGCACACAGCCCUUUCACUCCUUCUUUCACAGUGUGAGCAAACAAAGUGUGGAACCUCUAAUUAGAGUUUCCCACAUUAUCCAAACCAGGAAACUGGUUUACUGGUGUUAGAUUUCAGUUGUGUGAGGAUUUGCGCACAGAGAAAAAUGAAGCUGCUUAUUUCAUAGUCUAGCUUGAUGAAAGUUAACCAUUUAAUAGCAGCUAUUAAAAUUAACACUUGCUCACAUGUUUCCUUUCAUGAUGGAGUAGUCCUAGAAUUUCUCUCUAAUUCUGCAAACAAGAAUGAGUGCCUCCAAUUUUUACAAAAGAAUUGCAUGGAAAAUAUGUAGGAUUUCUAUGUACCAAAGAUCAGGACAGAAAAACAUUUACAACAAGUGUCUUCCUGCCAUAUGUGUUAAUAAGUUGCUUCAAGGAGAUGGGGAAAGAAAUCUUGCAUUUCAUGUUAACACUCAAGUUUUGCUAGAGUUCUCAGAGUUUUUGUUCCUUGAAAUUAAAGAACUGUCAUUCCUCAUGCGGGCAACCGGUAGUCAAAAUAGCUAUUUACCUGCAACUCAGCCCCUUAUCAUAAGUGAUAGGAUAGACAACUUAUGUAAUUUGAAGUUCAGGGGUAUAUGUCAAAAUGUGGACAAUAAAAGGCCUAAUCUAAAAGUGAGAAUGCAUAGCACUUUCUUUUUAAAUUGGUUACCAUUAUUUUAAAAGGAGUUUUCUGUACACAGGACUCCAACCUCAAUGUUUCUUUUAUCCUUUCAUUGCAGUAUUCAGAGCACUGCAGCAUUUUUUGAGGGUCCUGACUUUCUAAUAUAAAAAAAUUCUAGUGCUGUUAUGCAUGUCUUGCGUGAAAGCACAAUUGAAUAUGGAACUUCAAAGAGAAUCUUAUGUAGCUUUUAAUACAGACAAUGUGUAAGCAUAUUUUUCACUAGAGGUGUGCAUCAUUAGUGAAUGAAUUAUCCAAGAGUUAGCUGGUAUGUGUCUGCUUUUAUAUCCAUUGUGCUCUGAUAUUGACCCCCCCACUGUUGGCAUUCUGUCCCCUAACCUCUCCUGGCCUACCCAUUUUCAAAAUUGCUAUUACAUAGUAUCCCCCUGGGUAGGAUGCCACAUAGCAGGUUUUACCCAGUGCUUCUUAACUUCAAGAGAAUUUAGUACUCUUAAUUUUGUUGUACGAUUAAAAAAAACACAUCUAGCACAGUUUUUGUCCUUAAAAAAGAAGUAGCAGCAGCAAUAGAUUUACCGUACUUUUCGCCCUAUAGGACGCACUUUUUCCCCUCCAAAAAUGAAGGGGAAAUGUGUGCGCGUCCUAUGGGGCGAAUGCAGGCUUUCGCUGAAGCCUGGAGAGCGAGAGGCGUCGUUGCGCACCGACACCUCUCGCUCUCCAGGCUCCAGGAAGCUAUCCGCAAGCCUUGCGCACCUGGGGGGAGUUCCCCCGGGCGCGCAAGGCUUACAGGCAGCAGCCUGCAGCGCGGAGCAUGGGGCGCCCUCCGGAGGACGCCCCGUGCUUCGCGCAGGUGUCGGCAAGCCUUGCGCACCCGGGGGAUCUGCUUCGGGAGUGCAAGGCUUGCGGGUGGCACCCUGCGGCGCGGAGCACGGGACGCCCUCCAGAGGACGCCCCGUGCUUCGCGUAGGUGUCUGCAAGCCUUGCGCGCCCGGGGAACUCCCCGAGCGCGCACGGCUUGCGGGCGGUGGGCGGCAGCCGUCAGCGCGGAGCAUGGGGCGCCCUCCGGAGGACGCCCCGUGCUUCGCGCAGGUGUCUGCAGCCUGCCGCCCGGCGCGUGGGGCACCCUGAAGCAGAGCGCCCCUCGCGCCGGGCAGACAUCCGCAGCGUGGGGAGCCCUGCGGGAGUUCCUGCAGGGCUCCCCACGCUGUGGAUAGCAGCCUGCCGUCCGACGCGCGGGGCGCCCUGAAGCAGAGCGCCCCUCGCGCCGGGCAGACAUCGGCCAGCCUCACAAGCUCGGGGGACAGCGGGGAGGCGCAGCGCCGCCAUCCCACUGUUCCCCAACCUGGUUUUGGGGGGGAAAUAAAGGAAAUUUUUUCCCCUUUAUUUCCCCCCCCAAAAAGUAGGUGCGUCCUAUGGGACGGAGCGUCCUAUGGGACGAAAAAUACGGUAGAUACAGCAUGACUUUGAUUCAGGUCUGGUAUUGGGAAUGCAAAGACUGAUGGAAUUCACUUUUCAGUAACAAGGGUCAGAAAAGGAAAGCAGCUGUGAAUUUGCAGUCCGAUAUUCAUAUGCUUAUUGUACCAAGAACAAUUAAUACUAUGUAAAUUUAUCUGCAGAUGUUGUCCCAGUCAGAGCCAAGGCAUCAGGAUUCCAGUUCCAUUUGUAUCACUUGCUCUUUUGUCAGUAUUUACACAUGGGGUAUUACAGAAACUAAUAUCUAUACUGUUAAGACUAUAUUCAUAAGAGACAAAUUAUAUUCCCAAUUCAUCAACUCAUUUGCUUUUAUCUUGCUCACUAGAGAGCAUACAGAGUUCAGCAGGUUUCCAAACCAAGUUCUGACAAGUGUUGCCUUAGGCAUCUGUCAGUGUAUUCUAUUCUAUCUUUCAUAAAGCUUCUGUAUCUGCUGUAAGAAAAACAAAAAGCAAACAAAAAAAUGAACGUGAAAAAAUGCAUUUUUUUCUGGUCUGCAUACUGGUAAAUAGGAGAAAAUGGUAAACCCAUCUUACUAAUGUGCUUGUAUGGCCUGUUAAAUGGUAAUUCAUCUUGAAAAACCCCUAUUAGCUUUUUAUCACCAUUUGAUUUAUAGGUCACUUUGAGACCUAAUUUCAAAAUGUGCUUUGUGCAGGGAAAUAAUAUUUAUUUUGCACCCCCCCUCCAAAUUGCAGAUAAGCAGUAAAGAUGAAGAUUUUUUAGACCUUUCUGUUGAUGUGGAGCAAAACACGUCUAUCACUCACUGUUUAAGGUAUGGAAGAUAUUCAAAUUUUGGACUGUUUGUUUGUUUGAUUUCUUACCCACCCUUCACCAUAAAGUUCCAGGGAGGUUACAAGAAUAUAAUAUGCCCAUAUAAAAUCAGCUGAAAUGGUUACAAUUAUAAAAAUAAGUAAUACCAUUCCAGCCAGAGCAGUAUAAAUUCAGCAAAAGAGGUGGGUCUCACAAAACAAUAUACUUUGACUGUCACAGGCCAGGCUAAAGAGGUGCAUCUUCAGCAUAUAUCGAAAGCUAUAUGGCAAAUAUGCUAGAUGCACCUCUGUAGGGAAGGGAGUCACACAAUUUCCUGGCCUGCCAUUCCCACGUUUCUGUAUUCAUCCAUACUAUGCAAGUUAACAAGAGAGAAAGUUGGUAAAAAUGUAUCUUUUAUUGCACCGACUUAGACUGCUACUAGGAAUCUCAAGCCUUUCCCUUUCGUAGAGCUCUUCACGCUCUCUAUUAACCAAACUUGAACUACUAGAUGUCAUUAUACCUGCUAGGGCUUUCUUGUCCUUUGGGAUUGGCAUGUCAAUCGCUGACAGCUUAAAUUUAGUACAUUUAAGCAAGAUGUUGAAAGUUGGUCUGUCUUUCACGUUAAUGCCUGUUCUUCUAUUUUAGGGGAUUCAGCAAUACAGAAACCCUGUGCAGUGAAUAUAAAUAUUACUGUGAAGAGUGUCGCAGUAAACAGGAAGCACACAAAAGGUACCAUAAGCAUAUAUUGUAGGUUUCACAGUUGUUAGCAAGCUAUCCAAAUAUUUCUCCUUACGUUGUGUUUUGAAAGUUUAAUUUGGUUAUAACACCAAUAAAUGUUCUGUAGCAGCCAAGAUACUUGAGGGUCAGUGGGAUUAAUUUCCUAACUGCGUGAUUUCUGCCUCUCACGUUUUCAGCCCCUAAUAUUUCAAUAUGAUCUAAAAAGCUAAUCCUAAUUGUCUUCGCUGUCUUCCCACCUACCCCCUUCCCUUUUGUAUUUCAUCUGCAAAUUUUAUACACUUACACUGGCUCAAGCUCCAGAUGUUACCAUGGUACCAGUAUUCAGACAAAUACUAUUUGGAGCAGCCAACCUUGAGUGGCUGGACAAAGCAAUGUGAGAUGUUAUCAGGAUAUGAUCCAUCGUUGGAGAUGGUGAGCACUGUAUAUUUUAAGAAGAUUAAAAAUCUUAUCUUUAACCAGCUUUUUAAACAAAGAUUCUGUGUGAGAAAUGGGAAUUGUUGGACGUCAUGAUAAGCUUUAGCAUAUGACGGGAAUGGCCCACAUCAGGCUUUCGUUUUUUGCACUCUUCCCCCCUCCUCCUUAUUUCAGGAGUGAGAAACCCUUUCCCCGCCCUUCAAGGGCUGCAUGCUGGCAAUGAGAGAAGCCAGAGCCAAAAGGGGAAGGGCUUUUUCUCAUCCUCAGAGCAGGCUGCCAAAGGAGGAGGCUGCAUGAAAGUAGGCUGUGGGCGACAGGUUCUCCAUCUCUAGCUUUUUGUUAUAUGUAAUCUGAGCCCAGCCAGCUGAAAAGGAUCCAUUUUUAUAUCCUUGUAAAAAUUAAAGUAUAGGAGAACAUAAGCUAUUGUAAACAUUUUGACAUGAAUUGUUCUGUUUAUAAAAUUGUAUAUGUGGCUCAUUUACCUAUGUAACAUUUUCAAUUCUAUAUAUGUUUCCAUUAUUUACCCUGGAGUUUUGAAUCUUCAUGGUGACGUAUGACUUAAGCUACGGUUUAGCCGAGUGAUGAUUAAAAUUUCAUAAAACUAUUCUCGUCUAUGCUUAAGUCAUUAAUUAAAUUAAUCGGUACUUUUGUGGAAUUUCACUUGAUGCUUCUGUAAGAGUUGAGUCUUUUUAGUUUUGAUAAAAGGAGGUCUAUCUGAAGGGUUGUCAUGCAGACAAGUAGACAUCUUUGUUGCUCCAGAGGGCAGAACUAGAACCACUGGGUGGAAACUGCAGGGAAAGGGAUUUUGGCUAAGCAUUCAAAGAAGCUUCCUAGUGGCAAGAGCUAUUAUACAACAGAACAGACUUGCCUUGGAAAACAGGGGCUCUCCUUUGUUGGAGGUAUUCUAACAGAUGCUGGGCAACCACUUGUCAGGUAUGUCACAGUUGCAUCCUGCACUACAGAGCCUGUACUGAGUAGGGGAUUUAAACUCAAUGGCCUCCAAAGUCUCUUCCAGCUCUAUGAUUCUAUGGGUAAGGAAACUAUCAGUCCUUGAAUAUGUUCACUCAGCAUUUUUUGUCUGCGGUAGCUGUAGUUCUACACCAUGGAAGUGAUAGAUUUCUAGCUACUUGGGUCUGCAACUGGUUUUCCCACCUUAUGGUGGGUCACACCAAUAGCACCAUUGCUAGUUUUAUUACACUUUUAAGAAAAAGAAAAAGAGGAGAUAAAGCAAGAGAAUCAGAAGGGAGGAAAGCAGAGGGAUAAGACUAUAUGGUUUUUUAAAGCAGUAAAAGCAGAUCUCACUUUGAAGGCUAGGGUUAAAACUGAGUUCCAAAUCUAGAAAUGUUAUUACUUUUUACAUUAUAUCAAUUUUUCUACAAGGGAUGUGUUCACUAGAUAAAAUGAAGCAGUGAGGCCUUUGCUCUAUCCAUCACUGUUUACCAGUAGGAUCCAACAACUGUUAAUAAUAUCUAUGGUUCCUAAAAGUUUAAAUAAAAUAUUGGUGUUGGUAUACUUACAACACAGUCCUAAUCAUGUCUGCUCAGAACAAUGUCCUAUUGAAUUUAGUGGGGGCUAUUCCAAGGUAAGUAGGGUUGGAAUUUCAGCCUUGUAUAUUUAUUCAGUUCAGUUUUUAAUCUAAUGUCUAUAAAGUGUGGUAUUCCAUGUUUUAGACUAAUUUUAAAGUAAAUUUGUAUGUAAUAAUUCACAUUACCUGUCCAUCAACCUUCAUUGUUCAAACCAUUGCUGUUUUCAUCUUGUUUGCUUUUAAGUGCAUGGCUGUGCUUCAGGAAAGUAAAGCAUGCAUUUGCAAGCAGUGAUGUACUACUGAAGUUUAAUGAUGCCUGAUUUUCAGUGUGAAAAGUGGUUCAUUAAGGGGUGCAAAACGCUCUGACAUGCUGCUCCUUAGUGAACAUUUUUGAACUUUCUUAAUUUUUGCAUACCAACAAGGAAUUGCAGAAUGAGCAUGUUGAUGCCAUUGUCAAAAUGCACAUCCCCCUGAAAAUAAUGCCGUGUGGAUUGAUGAUGUCCAUAAGCAUUUUAUUCAUUUGCACUGCAUUGCUUUUUAAAUGGGCUGCCCCCAGAUAGUCAGGUACUGUAUAGAGGACUAGAUUGUAUAGGAGGGAGUGUUGGCUCAGCAUCAGGAAUGUCUUUCCAUUUCCAUUAAUAUGCACACACACACCCCCCACUUGCAAACAGUCUACAUUAUUUUGCAAAGAUGUGAACAAUUGCCCCAAAGGAGUGGAAUGUUUUACAGGAGUAGAAUCUGCUCACAAAAUGCUCACCCCUUUUGGCUCAGUGUUGGCACACAAAUAUUUUUAGUUCCGACUUCAGAAGCUCUGUUCCAAGGUCUCAAACUGCUUUCAGUCUUCUGUAUAUAAUUGUUUGUGACUUGCUUGGUUUCAACCAUGUUCCCUUCCCCAGAAAAUUGCUAUGGCACCUUCCAAACAUUGUUAUCGGCUUUCGGCGGCACACAAUUCUCAACAGCUAGCAAGUGGUAAUUGCUGUGUGAAUGUAUUGCUGUUUAACAUAUUUGUAUACUUAAGUCGACUGAUUUUAAUAAGUCUACUUUGAGAUAUGACUUCAUUGGCUACUGCCCACCACCAGAAAAAAGUAGGUUUUAAAAUGAGGUGAAUCUUGGACAUUUAUGACCACACUAAAAUAAAUACUUUGUUUCAGGAUGAAAGUGAAAAAGCUGCCUAUGAUCCUAGCUCUCCAUCUGAAGAGAUUUAAAUACAUGGAUCAGCUACAUCGAUAUACAAAACUCUCCUACAGGGUAGUGUUUCCCUUAGAGCUUCGGCUGUUUAAUACAUCAGGAGAUGCCACUAAUCCCGACAGAAUGUAUGAUCUAGUGGCUGUGGUAGUCCACUGUGGAAGGUAAGAAAAUACAAUGUGACACAUUACUGCUACUGAUUUACUGUGAAAUAGCAUUGUAUCAUUCUUUAAAAUCAUCAAAGCAAUAGGCCUUUGAUGGACUCUAUUAAUUUAUGUAGAGUUAUGUGCCAGCGUUGUUGUUUCCUUCAAGUGUCAUAGUUGAGUGUUGUUGUUUUUAUACAGCGAUUAAAUUAGCAAAAAAAGGGGGGGCACGUCUUGUUCUUUAGUUUUAGCUGCUUCUUUGGUUCUUGUUCUUUAUGAAAAAUUAAUAUUUGAAGCUUGUUUUCAUAUAAAUGUUGUGUUUAAAAGAUAAAAUAAGCGGAAGUAGUUGUCAGAAUUCUUCAACAUUUUCUUCUGAGGAAAAAAUGAUGUUAAAGUUGAUGAUGACCACAAUGUGAAUUGCUUUCUUCUUCACAGUGGACCUAACAGAGGACACUAUAUUGCAAUAGUGAAGAGUCAUGAUUUUUGGUUACUCUUUGAUGAUGACAUUGUAGAGGUAAGAAUGUCUGUAAUUCUAGAUUCUAAACGUUAGAGUAGUUAUUCUGUGUCUACUACUUACUUUUAGAUUAUCUCCAAGACAAUAGAUUUUGCAAAGAAACUGUUAACCUGUUACCAAUGUUAGUAGAACAUGGUAACAUUUCUAGUAAAGAGAGUAUGCCUUUGCAUAUUAUUUUUUUUGCAGUGUCUUUUUCAGUGUGUCUCCUUCUAGCCCACUGUAAUCUUAAAAUGAUAGCCAAUGGUGUUUGUUAGCCAGAGGUAUGAAUGCAGUUUAUGGAAUGUAUUCCCUGCCCCUGGCAGCCCUCUGCACACACCCCAAAUCUGCUCAAGAGGGUUGAGGGGUAUGUAGGCCGUUGCAGGAGAGCGGAAGGGGAAAUCCUGUUGCAUUAGCAGAAAUGUGUUCCCAAAAUGUUUGCUAUUACCCGUAACUUCUAUCUUUUUUCCUUUGUUAUGAAGCAUAAGUUUAUGCUGUAAUCUUGCCACCCCACCCACUGUUGUUGUUGGUUGGAGGAAGGGAACUGUCAGGAGUUCAGCCUACACUCGAGUAGGACCCUGGCAGAGACACAUGCCCGACUGGCAUGUUCCUUCCCUCCUGGUUGAUUGUUCAGGAGCUUCAAUUGCUUUCUUCAGCCCGAACAUCACAGCGACCAAUGCCAACUGACACUGGCACACUUAGAGAUCCGCAGAGUCUGCGCAUCAUGCGUGACAGACCUCAGCAACUCAGCAUUUUGGCUGAUCUACUUUAUUUACAUAUAAACACACACGGAGCACUGCAACAUGGCUCCCUCUCUCUCUAGCAUUAGACAGCAAAGAGCAGAAGAACAAAGGACAAUAGUCCCACUUCACGGAACACAGUAACACAAACAUCCUGUCUCCAUCACUUCCCACUCGGUGGAGUCAAAACAUACACCGUCAUGUGACAGACAAAAAUCCCAUGACUGCAAUCAUGAAUCAGGAAUUCUAACAUGCAGUCCUGUCUCCUCCCACUCCCACCAGCAAAGAGAAACAUUGCUGAUGAGGUUCUGCUGUGGUGGAGGCCCAAGCUGUUCACAAACUGUUGUGAAGCUCUCACCAGUAGUUCUGCCAUUGGCAGUAGCCAGUUGAAAACCCGGAAAUGGGGUGGUCUUGGGGUGGGACACUGGAGGUUUUGAAUUGACAAGACCCCAGACCCUUAAUUGUCCUUGAGAUAUGGCAGUGGCUCCAGCACUCUGACCUCUCCCAACCCCAAUUAGAAUUGCUGUAGCCAUGCUAGAUAAAUUGGAGUGGGUUUUCUUUUUACAGAAAUUAUAUCCUCCGCAUUUCGUUUCAGAAAAUAGAUGCACAAGCGAUUGAAGAAUUCUACGGGUUGACAUCGGACAUCUCAAAAAACUCUGAGUCUGGUUAUAUCCUCUUCUAUCAGUCUCGGGACUGAAAUGGGUCUGUGGUGAAAAGUGACUUCCUGUAUCGCUGCUUUUCUGACAUUUGUGGAAGGGAGAAAAUAAUAAUUCCAGAGAGAGAGAGAAAAGGAAGGAAGGAAGGAAUGCAGAGUCAAAAGAGUGGUAGCACAGUUUGCACAGAACAAAGCUAAUGUUUCAGAGAGGCUUUCUUAAGCUCUUUAUAUCAUGCUCAUUUAAUUUGCUCAGGUGUCAUACUGAGAAUGCUGAUCCGCGACAAUUGCUCAGUGGGAACAGAGAGGCCAGCUGCUCUCAUAAGAGCUAGCUAUCGAGCAGCUGAAACUCUGCUAGAAGAUUUUAUCAAAAGUCCAUUCAAGUCAGUGGUAAUAUUUUCACGAUCUUCAGUACGCUUUGAAUUUUGGCCAGUGUUGCACAGGAAAUAAGUGUAACAGAAGCAAUAUUAAUUUGACAUACAUUGUUUGUUUGUUUGUUUGUUUGUUUCUUAUUAAAAGUGCAAAUGAUUCUCUGUUCAUUUAUACUCAGUUUCUGGGUUUAUCGCACACCUAAUUAGAGAGAGUUAGCCUAACAGUUGCCUUCCUGGCCAGAAUAAAUUAAUAGAAUUUGGUGUUAGCUAAUAGAAUCAAGAAGGCAAGUAUGUUUUGCUUCUUUUAAGAAGCUUACAUUACAGUAAUAUGUACCUCUAUAAUUGGUAACAGUUUGGGAUUUUAAACUCCCUAUGGGGAAUAACUUGGUUUAUAACUAUAGUUUAUUUUUAUUUAUGUAUUACUGUAACUUCUAGAGGUUUUGUAUUCUUCUCAAUUCCAACAUGUUUUGGAGCCUAGUUUUGUAUAUUAGCUUAUAUCAGAUUUAAAUAUUUUAUUUCAUUGCUUAUCUAAGAUUUAUCUCAUAUCUCAAUAAGGAUACAUUCAAAGCCUGAAGUAACUGAGGAAGGUAUAGGUUUUACUUCCUUCCAGGAGGAACUGAUGACUCUGGCUAUGUAUUUGACAUGAUUUAUUUAAGGAGUUGGAAAAGGAACUUUCCUCUGACCUUGUAAAACAGCUUACUUGUUUUAUCACAGUGAGAGACUAGAGCACCGUUGGUUUGCUAGACUUUCUGUUCAAAGUCUUCUAAACAAUUGGCUGCAAAGUAGGUCAGAGUUCCUCAUGCUUAAGUCCCAGUAGAAUCAGAGUGUGGGCUUAAUUGUGACAUUUAAUUAAAAAUUGAAAAUAGUUUCAGAAUAUCUCAAUCUUCAAUCUAUGGCUACAGUGGAUUUUAAAAUCCCAGAUGUAUGUUGGAUAAAAUGACUCCUUAUAAUUCUGUGAUGGUUCUAUUCAGUAAAAUUUAUAUAGUAAUAAAAUUGUCUUUUGAUAUUUGAUUGGAUCACGACAGCAACAGAUGAUAGGGAACUGAUCUCUUCUGAUGGAAUUGAACUCUUCUAGCUAACAUUUCCAUGCAUUAUCAUUGUUGUCUGAUGGUGGCUGAAUGUAACAGAAAGAAAGAAAGAAAGAAAGAAAGAAAGAAAGAAAGAAAGAAAGAAAGAGGCUGAGCACACAUUCCCAAUAAGAGCAUUUAUGCCUUGAUAGAAUGUGGUUUUUGUUUUGUUGGACAUGUUAAAAUGUAAAACUUUCCCCCCUUUUCUGCUGCUAUAAUUAAUGCAUAUACUUUAUCGGUAUCAUUUAGCUCAGGAAAACAACUUCAUAUAACUGAACAGAUUUCUAACAGGGUCACCAAGUGGGCUACUUUAUUUAACAAAUGUGAAAAUGUCAUGUCAAAUUGUAAAGAUUCUUUUUAUAUAAAAACAAACGUUAU